ACGCGAUAAAUAAAAAAGAAAACAAGAAUUAAAAAAACGAAAUCCAAAAAAAGAUAAAACCGUUAUUAAAAGUGUAAUACGAAAAGAAGAAAAAAAGAAAACGCUUUAAAAAUGUCUUCGUGUUAUAGCGGUUUUGAAGAUCGUUCUUUUGAUUUUCCCGAAGAUGAUGAUAACUCUUCAUUCGAUAGUGGUUAUGAAAAAAGUUUUGAAACCGCCAAUGAGUGUCAUAUAAAACCGCGUAAAUUAGUAUUCGAUAAUUGUGGAGAUUUUUACAACAAUGCACCGGUUCAGGGAGAUUUUACUGGACAUUUACCUAACGGUUAUAAUAGCUUACCCAUGGAGCAUUCUUUGAUACCAGGAUUAUUUGAUACCGGCAGUAAUCACAGCUCACGCAGUGGACGUACGCUUGUAGAACACAUUAUCAGCAAGGCACCACCAGAUGAUCUAGAGUUCUCACCGAAGCUGGGAGAUCAAACAUCAACGCCGAGUAAAAAAUCUUCAGGCGAAAGUGGUGACGAUCAACCAACUGAACCAAGACCAAAACGUAAAUAUGCCGUCGGCAAAAAUCGUAUGACACGAUCACGCAGUCCUACACAGGUGGUGCGCAUUAAGAAAUUUCGCCGUAUUAAGGCUAACGAUCGUGAACGUAAUCGCAUGCAUACGUUAAAUGAUGCCUUAGAACGUUUGCGUGUGACGUUGCCACAAUUGCCGGAGGAAACGAAAUUGACUAAAAUUGAGAUUUUACGUUUUGCCCACAAUUAUAUAUUUGCCUUGGAACAGGUUUUGGAAAGUGGUGGCACUUUAAAUUUGGAUUUAGAGAAAUUACAGAAUUUCACCUUAAGUGGUGAGAGAAUAACUAAGGAACUAUUUGAUGCCAUAUUUGUUAAUCCUCAACCGUAUCCUAUGAUGGCAGCAGGUGGUUAUAUGGGUUUUGGCAGAAUGCCUUAUCCUCCCCAUAUGCCCUUCAAUCAGACAACAGGUUUAGGAGUUGGAUCUUCAGCUGUAGGAAGUACAUAUCAAUCGAACUUUAAUAUGCAGCCUAAUGUAACACCUAAUCCCCACUCUUCAGCAAAUCCAGGAUUUACGCAACAAGAUUUCUUAAGCAGUAUGCGUCACUAUAACAACCAACAAUGCCACCAGUCUGAACGUCGAAUCGAUACAAAUUUUUCACAAGAAAAAUAUGAUCUAUUUAAGGGCACAUUUGAAGCAGCUGCUCAAAUUAAACCUACAACCAAUCUCUGUACACCCACUACCAAUACAACGGGCUAUGCGUCAAUGAAUGCGGGCUAUAAUAAUGCUACAUCUGCAUCAUCCGCACAUAUCACUGCCAGCACUCAUUUACCCUCACAGACAACAGCUGUAACAGCUUCAAAUGGAUCUCCAGCAGAGUUACAAUUCAAUCAUCAUCAACAUCAUCAUAAUAGUAGUUUUUAUACACAAACUCCACCAUGGAAAGAUUUUAAUGAACAGGUGAUUAAUGUUGUAGGUCCAUCCAAAGGUUAUGCUCAAUAUGGAACUGUAUAGCCGAAAUUUCAAAAGGGUUUUCUUUUUAUUUCUAUAUAUUUUGCAAUAUAAGCUUUUCGCUAGAGCUUUUGAUGGGUGUUUUGAUAAAAGUUUAAGAUAUCAAUUUUCUUAUAUAAUAUAAUUUACGAGCGAUAUUUAAGAGAUAGUUUCACUUUUGGAAGUUCUAUUACAUCUUAGUAUUCAAAAAGAUAAUAAUUACCUUCUGAUAACUUAAUCAUAGGGUUGGUUAAAAUCUUUCUGAAAUUUUUUGCUAAAACCAAAAAAGCACUACUAUCGGAAUUCUGUUGGAUUCUACAGCUCAUUAAGGUUUCCAUAUUAUAACUGAAUCAUAAGUUUCGAUAUAAAAUUAGUGAUCGCAAAACAAUGGUCGCAAAAUUCUCAUUACGAAUCCAUAUCAUAUACUGAUCUUUUGAAUCCGAAGGAUCGUGUCUAAUCCAAUAAAGAUUUGUGUCUUUUUUAAAGUUUUUAGAUUUUAUGGUGUGAAAACUGAAAGGGACAACAACUCUGAGAGAACUCUUGAUCUCUUAUUCAGAUGUUCAAGUUCCUCAUGUUCAAAAUUUCGUAUUCAAAAUCCACUGAGCCAAGAUACAUAUAUUAGAAAAAAAGCUUUGGAUUUUAAUAAUUCUCAAAGCUUUUUUGUAUUCUCUGAAUAUCGGCAGUUCAGUCUAAAAGAGAAAUAGAUACUUUAAACUUUAAAACAAUCGACCCUAGAUUUUGAUCCUAUUAUAAACUUUAAUAAGCUUAAACAACUAACAUUCAAAAGCUUUUAAGAAAAUUGUAAGAAUUUUAUUGAUAAAAAUCGGCGUGAUAUAUAAUUAUAAGAUAGUUAAGUAAAAAAAAUUAUAUACAACCAAACUUUUGGACUAAACAAUAGUAUGAGGUUUGUCUCUAAUAACUACUAAAGAUCACAUUACAGUAUUCUAAAGAUAUAUAAAUCUUUAGAACAAUUGUAAAGAGAUUUCAAUCGCUUUCGAAUGCCGUCUAAUCUAUAAAGAUCACCUGAACUUUUAAGGCAUUAAACUUAAAUGAAUUUAAAAGCUUGAAAAGUUUUAAAUACUAUUGUUUACAUUCAAAGUUUAUAAACAGGACUAAGGGAAUUAUUAACAGUCUUUAAAAGGUAAAAAAUAUUAAUAUACAAAAGUGAU